AUGAAUAAUUAGUCUUCAAAAUCGGUAAGAUUCAAUGAGGGCCAUAAGGUGUUAUAGCCUGUAAAUACAAAUACAACUAGUUCAGGAUCAAGCAAAGUAUCUAAAGUCACAUCAGCUAUUCAAGAGCUGAGAACAUCAUUUAAUAAUCAAGCAUAAAAGCUAACAUCAUCAAGAAUGUCAGAUUAAUUGAAUGAAUCAGUGGCUACAGUAACAAGAAGUCCAGGACAUUCAUGUACACCAAGUAUUUGUUAACCAUGUUAACCAAUGUGUUAACCUAUGUAUUAAUCUGUCUGUUAACCAUAAUAUGUAUGUUAACAAUAACAGAUGUGUGCUCCUUAGGCAUAUGUAGUUUAAGGAGGGAAUGAUUAAAAACACUUAGAAAAAGAAAUAAAGAAGUUGAAAAAAUAAAAUAAGAAAUUGAAAGAAAGCAAAGAAGAAAUAGUGAUUUCAACAAUAGCUGAGACUCCAAAAAGAUAAAGACCAUAAUAACAUGUUUAGGAUCCAGAAAUAGAUACAAUAAAAAGAGAAAUUUAGGAAAUGGAGAGGAUAAUAAGAUAGAUGGAAUAAUAACCUAAGCAUUAAAGUAACUCAGAGAUAGAGGUUUAUUUGGAAGACAAUAAAAAGUGUCUAAAGAAAAUGUGCAAAAAAAUAAAAUCAUUAGAAAAGGAACUAUAUGAAGUAGGUCGAUAAAGGGAUGAAGCAUUAAUAAUAAAAUAAUAGUUAGAGAGAGAAAAUUAAGAAAUGUUUGACAGAAUAGGGGAAUUAGAAUCAUUGUUAAAAGUUGCUGAUAAAAAGUAAUUCAAUUAUAAUUAUAAUAGAGUAUUCGACUUAACAGUAUAAUUAGAAAGAUAAAAUGGAUAUGUAAAAUAAUUAGAAGAUGAAGUAGAGAGAUUGAGAAAGAAGAAGAAGAAGAAAUAAAUAGAAAUCUAAGAGAGAGUUGUUGAAAAGAUAGUAGAGAAACCAGUAGAGGUAAUUAAAACAGUUCACGUUAAUUAACCUCAAUAAGUGUAAGUACAUGAUUAGAAACCAAUUGAAAUAAUUAAGGAAGUGAUUAAGGAAGUGCCAUCAGAACCUAAGAUAGUGGAAAAGAUCGUUGAAAUACCAAAAAUUGAAUAUGUUUAUUAACAAGUUCCUUAAUAUAUUGAAAUUCCAAAAGUUUAAACAGUUGAAGUACCUGUAGUUUAAAGAAUUGAAGUUCCUUAUGAAGUUCCUUAUUAUAGAGAUGUUCCUUACGAAGUAAUUAAGGAAGUUCCUUAUGAAGUGAUCAAAGAGGUGAUUAAGGAAGUUCCAUAUGAAGUGAUUAAAGAAGUUAUUAAAGAAGUUCCUUAUGAAGUCAUUAAAGAAGUGCCAAUUUACAUAGAAGUUCCUGUUGAUAGAAUUGUAGAAAAAAGAGUUGAAGUUCCAGUUGAUAGAAUAGUAGAAGUUCCAGUUGAUAGAGUUGUUGAAGUACCUGUUCCUUAUGAAGUUCCGUAUCCUUAUGAAAGAGUUGUUGAAGUCCCAUAUGAAAGAAUUGUGGAAGUUCCUUAUGAAAAAGUUGUUGAAGUUCCCAGAGAUAGAUAUGUAGAUAGAUAUAUGGACAGAUACAUUGAUAGACCAGUUGAUAGAUAUGUUGAAGUACCAGUAGAAAAGAGAGUUGAAGUUCCUUAUGAAAGAAUUGUUGAAGUUCCUUAUGAAAAAAUUGUAGAGGUUCCAGUUGAAAAGAUAAUUCAUGUACCUGUAGAAAAGAUAGUUGAGGUGCCAGUUGAAAAAAUAGUUGAAGUUCCUGUUGAUAGAUUUGUAGAAAGAUAUGUGAGAGAUGAUGCAGAAUUAGAUAUGCUUAAUAUUGAAAAUAGAGAGUUAUAAAGAAUUAUUGGUAUUUGGGAAGAUAGAGCAUAUAAAUUAGAAAAUGAAAUCAUUAAAGAAAGAAGAAUAUCAGAUGGUUUGAGAUUAAAUAUAGAUGAAUUAGAGUUUUUGGUUGAAAAGGGUAGGGCUUUCAAUAGAGAUCAAUAAGAAUAAUUCGGAAAAUAUUUGAAAGAAUUAAAAGCAAAAUAUGAAGGCAAAAUUAUUGAAGCAAGAAAGGGAGUUGUCAUUUAACAUAAAUUUUAACCUGCUGAAGUAUAACAAAUCAUACCUAUUUCUACAGGUAUUUCUUAAAAUUUACCUUAAUUUGGUGGAUAAAUGCCUAACUAAUGA